AUGCGCUUCUCGCUCGCUACCACCGCCCUCGUCGCGGCCGUUCCCGCUCUUGCUGCCGAUGCUGUUGCCGACGGCCCCCUUGGCCAGUACAAGGCCCAGUUCCAAAACUUCCUCGGCAAGUUCACCGGCUAUGUCGCCGAAUCGGCCGUUGUUCAGGACGGCCCCGUCGCUGCCGUCGAGGCCAAGAUCGGCGAGGCCAAGAUCUCCCAACUCACCCUAGAGAAUUGGAAGGACACCCUCUACGCCCCCGUCCAGGCUGGUUCCGAGAUCCCGGAGGAGUGGUGGGUGCUCAUCACUGGUCGCAACAAGACCUGCUUCGGCCAGUGCGAAAAGGUUGAGAAGGCUUUCAACGAGACCGCCGGCCGCUUCACCAUCACCCCCAAGGCUCCCCAUAUGGCUAUUCUCAACUGCGAGGACGAGCGCGUCCUGUGUAACGCCUGGUCUGCGGGGGUCGGCUCCAUCUGGGCCUUUGAUAUGCUUCCCGAGCCUGCUGCCAUUGACAUCUACAAGAGACGCCUCAACAUGACCACCACCACCGCCGACGACCUUGUCACUCUCCAGGCCAAAGGCAAGAAGUCUUUCGAGCUUCUCGACUCUUGGUUCCACCCCUUCAACGGCAAGCUUGCUGAGCUCGGUCUGUCUAUCCCCGUCGGCUACGCCUUUUGGGCUUUCAGCCUGGUUCCCAACUGGGCUUUCAUGCUCAUCGUCUCGAUGGUCAGCCGCACCAUUAUGGGUAACCGCAUGCAGCCUCCUCAGCAGCGCCGUGCCGGUGCCACUCCCGGUGCCGGUGCUGCCCAAUAG